UGUAGGAUUGCCAGGGAACAGCAGAACUUGGAUUAGAUCUAAAUUUAGCUGUCACUUUGCCUUGCUACUGUGUUUGUUCAUUGUUCAACAGAAAUUGGAAUAUCUGCUGUGUGGCAGGUUCUGGACUAGGUUUUUAGGGAUUCAUUGACUGAAGAAAGCAGGUUAUUGGAGGAUGGUAAAUACCAUUGGAUCUGUGCCUGAGAAAAACAAGAGAUGAGGUGCAGCAUAUUCAGGCUGAGAAAAACAAUAAGGGCCCAAUGGAGGCUGCCUCACUUUUUCUCCGGUUCCUGUUGGAGCUCCAGGAGGAAGGCUGGUUCCGUGGCUUUUUGGAUGCCCUUGACCAAGCAGGUUAUUCUGGACUUUAUGAAGCCAUUGAAAGUUGGGAUUUCCAAAAAAUUGAAAAGUUGGAGGAGUAUAGAUUACUUUUAAAGCGUUUACAACCGGAAUUUAAAAUCACGAUCAAUCCAAAAGAUAUCCUUCCUGAAAUAGCUGAAUGUUUAAUUAAUGAGGAAUGUGAAGAAAUUACUCAGAUUUGUUCCAACAAAGGGCUGAUGGCAGGUGCAGAGAAAAUGGUUGAAUGCCUUCUCAGAUCAGACAAGGAGAACUGGCCUAAAACUUUGAAACUUGCACUGGAGAAAGAAGAGAGCAAAUUCAGUGAGCUGUGGAUGGUAGAGAAAGGUGCAAAAGAUGUCGAAAUGAAAGAUCUUGAGGAUGAUGAAAUGAAAACUUUGCACGUACAGAUCUUCUACAAGGAAGAACCAGAAAACCAGAAUCUUAGUCAGAAUUCAUGCCCUUCUUCAGAAGUGCCUCAUACUUACAGCCCGUUGAAGCCAAGAAAUUACCAACUAGAGCUUGCUUUACCUGCUCAGAAAGGAAAAAACACAAUAAUAUGUGCUCCUACUGGUUGUGGAAAAACCUUUGUUUCACUUCUUAUAUGUGAACAUCAUCUUAAAAGUUUUCCACAAAGACAAAAGGCGAAAGUUGUCUUUUUUGCUAAUCAACUCCCAGUGUAUGAGCAGCAGAAAUCUGUGUUCUCAACGCAUUUUGAAAGACUUGGGUACAAAGUUGCAGGCAUCUGUGGAGCAACAUCUGACAUUGUCUCAGUGGAACAGGUUGUUGAGAACAAUGACAUCAUCAUUUUAACUCCACAGAUUCUUGUGAACAGCCUUAAAAGUGGGACUGUUCCAUCACUCUCUGUCUUUACUUUGAUGAUAUUUGAUGAAUGCCACAACACCAGUAAACAUCAUCCUUAUAAUAUGAUCAUGUUUAAUUAUCUAGAUGAGAAACUUGGAGAAUCUUCAAACUCACUGCCCCAGGUUGUUGGGCUGACUGCCUCAGUUGGCGUCGGGGAUGCCAAAAAUACAGUUGAAGCCACAGAAUAUAUCUGCAAGCUGUGUGCUUCUCUCGACAUAUCAGUGGUAGCAACAGUCAAAGACCACUUGGAGGAACUAGAAGAAAUUGUUUAUAAGCCCCAGAAAAUUUCCAGGAAAGUGCAAUCACGGACUACUGACAGAUUUAAAAGCAUCAUAUCUCAGCUGAUGACAGAGACAGAGAGUCUGGCAAAGAGUAUCUUUGAAGAACUUGGUACCGUAACUCUCGAAAACUUGUCUCAAAUUCAGAAUAGGAAUUUUGGAACACAGAGAUAUGAACAGUGGAUUAUCGCAAUUCAGAAAGCAUGCAUGGUGUUUCAGAUGCCAGACAAAGAUGAGGAAAGCAGGAUUUGUAAAGCACUGUUUUUGUAUACAUCAUAUUUGCGGAAAUACAAUGAUGCCCUCAUUAUCAAUGAGCAUGCACGAAUGAAAGAUGCUGUGGAUUACUUGAAAGACUUCUUCAGAAAUGUCCGAGCAGCGGGAUUUGAUGAGAUUGAACAAGAUCUCACUCAGAGAUUUGAAGAAAAGCUGCAGGAAUUAGAAAGUAUUUCCAUGGAUCCCAGCAAUGAGAACCCUAAACUCAAUGAUCUCUGCUUCAUCUUGCAAGAAGAGUACCACUUAAACCCAGAGACCAGAACCAUCCUCUUUGUGAAAACCAGAGCACUCGUGGAUGCUUUAAAGAAAUGGAUUGAAGAAAAUCCUAAACUCAGCUUUCUAAAACCUGGCAUAUUGACUGGACGUGGCAGAACAAAUCAGAAAACAGGGAUGACCCUCCCAGCACAGAAGUGUGCCUUGGAUGCAUUCAGAACCAACGGAGAUAACAAGAUUCUGAUUGCCACCUCAGUUGCUGAUGAAGGCAUCGACAUUGCUGAGUGCAAUCUGGUCAUCCUGUAUGAGUAUGUGGGCAAUGUCAUCAAAAUGAUCCAAACCAGAGGCAGAGGAAGAGCAAGAGGGAGCAAGUGCUUUCUUCUGACUAGUAAUGCCGAUGUAAUCGAAAAAGAAGAAAUAAACAUAUACAAAGAAAAAAUAAUGAAUGAGGCCAUUUUAAGCCUGCAGACAUGGGAUGAAGCAGUAUUUAAAGAAAAGAUUCUCCAGAUACAGAUUCAUGAAAAAUUCAUCAGGGAUAAUCAAGGAAAAGCAAAACCUGUGCUUGAUAAGAAAAAUAAAAAACUGCUCUGCAGGAAGUGCAAAACCUUUGCAUGUUACACAGCUGAUAUAAGAGUGGUGGAGGAAUGCCAUUUCACUGUGGUUGAGGAUUCUUUCAGGGAGCGCUUUGUGAGUAAGUUACACCCCAGACCAAAGAGAUUUGGGAGUUUUGAGAAGAAAGCAAAGAUCUUCUGUGCCAGGGAGGACUGCAGCUAUGACUGGGGAAUCCAUGUGAAGUACAAGGUAUUUGAGAUUCCAGUUAUAAAGAUUGAAAGUUUUGUGGUAGAAGAUGUUGCAACUGGAGCUCAGACACUGUAUGGAAAGUGGAAAGACUUUCAUUUUGAGAAGAUCCCAUUCGAUGCUGCAGAAAUGUCCACUUGAGCUCAGGACCUCAGGCUGCAGAGAAUGGGUGACCUUGAGUGAAGAAGAAAUUAGACCAGUGGGUGACUCCCAGAUCACUUGUACCACUGUCAAGAUAUUUCCCCUAAGGCCUGCACUGUACUGAGUGUAUAUCACUUAACUUCUGUUGUUUUUAGCAGUUUAUACUUUAUCAUUUACGUAAAGCAUGACUGCAUGAGUCACAGCGUUCAGUGAAUCACUUUGUAGGCCAUUAGCGCUUGGGAAAAAUGAAAAAGGCUUAACUUGUUGCCAUCCA